AUGAACGGCAAGGUCGGCGUCGUCGUCUCCGCGAGCGCUUCGACGGGACGCUUCGGCGUGCGCGUGGCGGGCGAGGCCAAGGCCCUCGCACUGAGGCGCGCUACGGCCCCUCCCCCACUCGCCGGAUCCUCUCUUUGGACACACCCCACGCCUCUGCCCUUCCGCAGGCCGGCCAACCUGGAGCCAGCGGCUGAGGCGGUGGAGGUGGGCAGGCUCAUCCUCAAGGCGGCGGAGUGGUCGCCGCAGUCGCACGAGCUCUUCCCGGAGCCGGCUCGCAAGUGGGCGGUCGAGGUGAUGCGGCUGGGCUACCUGAUCGCUUGGGACGAGGAGCGCUUCGACGGCGAGGGGGCGGCGCCGGGGCUGGUGGACCUCUGGCGCACACACGUGCUGCCGCACGCGGUGAGGCGCUGA